AUGGCUAGCUCUGCUGAUGCGGGUUACGUUCCUCUGUAUCCGGUUCCCGAUGGGCUUCCCGACGCCGAGAUCCGGACUUUUAUCACCAACUUUUACAAAAUAUCCGAUAGACCAGAGUUGAACGAGAAGUGGCUCGAUCAGUUUACUGAGGAUGCGCGUGUAGCCAUGGGGCCUGUUAAGGGGAAUGGACGAGAAGAGCUCCGCACAAUGCGCGAGGGAAUGUGGUCUGUCGUGGCAGAGCGAAAGCACACAGUUACCAAAGUAUUCCCAGCGCGUUUCAACGACAAUGAAGACAGCAAGAGGUCCGAGCUGAUGCUGCACGGCGACGUGGAGUACAAGACCAAGGACGGCAACUCGAGCAUCGUUCCAUGGGCAGGACACGCGGUUCUGAGAAAGGUGCAGGUUGAGGGCGGGGAGGAGACGUGGAAGUUGGCAGAGUACCGGGUAUUUCUGCUCAAGUAG